CCCAGUGGACACGGACCCCAGUGCACGCCACCCCAGUGGACACGGACUCCAGUGCACGGCUAUCCAGUGCAGCGGCGGGACGGAGGAGCGUCUGAAUUCGACAUCGCGAACGGAAGGGGCUAAACACCAUCGCCAGUGCAGGGUUCGGCCAUGGAAGGUGUAGGAAUCCAGUGUGACUGAGCUGGCUGGCUCAGUCGGGGCAGAUGGCUUUCCCCAACUGCAAGUACGAGCUGGACCAGGAACACAACAGAGCUGUCCCAGAGACAGGUUUCCUGGCGAGCGGGGUGCCCCAGAUGUCAGCACACAGAGCAACGUGCCCCGCUCCAGCAGACGCGAGUUACCUGUCCGCACUGCUGGACGGCAAACCGACCGUGUGCCGGCGGCAGGGUGACCCGCAGCGGCAGCUUCUACACACCGGCCAGAACUGCAAGGAUGAGAGUGAAGCGCUGGUGGGCUGUGGGUUUGAGCAGACUGCCCUGAGCUGCCCCGAGCUGCUGCACUACCGCUCUCCAGCAAUGCACGAUUACUGCCCCGCUCCUGCUCUGCUGCAGCAGUACCCUGCUAUGACGGGUUACUCUGGGGGUAUCCCACCGACUGUCCCGUACUCUUACCAAAGGAUUGCACCUCACGUUAACCAGGAUAUGCAUCACCUGCUCUACCCCAAGCCCAUCUACUCAUACAGCAUUCUGAUCUUCAUGGCUCUGAAGAACAGUAAAACAGGGAGCUUGCCUGUCAGCGACAUCUACAACUUCAUGACGGAGCAUUUCCCUUACUUUAAGACCGCACCGGACGGCUGGAAGAACUCCGUGCGACACAACCUCUCCCUGAACAAGUGCUUUGAGAAAGUGGAGAACAAGUUUGGGGGCAACUCGAGGAAGGGCUGUUUGUGGGCCCUCAACCCCAGCAAGGUGCAGAAGAUGCAGGAGGAGCUGCAGAAGUGGAGGAGGAAAGACCCCGCAGCAGUCAGGAAGAGCAUGGCCAAGCCAGAUCAACUGGAUAGAUUAAUUGGAACAAAGCCUGAUAAUAGCAGGUCUCCAGUGAUGGUGCCACCUCCCGUACACCUUGAAGCCGGGUUGUGUUCCUGGGACACUCCCUACUCCCAGUAUCUGGGCCAGGUUCAGUCUCAGUGCCCACCGGCCCACCCUCGACUUCACCGACACGGCCGGGGCAGAGUUCGGGCAAACGCCCGCCUGGACCUCUCCAAACGCAGAUCCCUGCCUCAACCUCAUCGGCCUGGGCAGAGCAGAGCCCCAGACGAGGGCGUGCUGGAACCAUGCCGGUCAGGUCAGAGCCUGGCGACCCACAGCAUUGCUCACAGCAGCAGCCAACUGCACAGCCAGCAGCUGGCAGCCAAGGAUGCACGGGACAUCCUCGUGGAGGGAGAUCCCAGCACGGACAUCGACGCCCUUAAUCCCAGUCUCAUGGACUUCGAACUUCAAGGUAACUUGUGGGAAGUGCUGAAUGAUGAGAGUUUAACCCUCGACCCGCUGGUCUCCAUGGUGAUGUCACCACAAAGCACCUCGCUGGUUCCAUUCUGCUGGGCAGAGGUGACCGGGCUGAGCCAGGCCUGGAGCUCGGAGGGCAGCCUGGCUGAGCCUGGGCUGCUGGAGAUGUGUGGGGGCAGUCCAGGCUCCAGGCCCUGCCCCAUGGAAGGAGGCACCAGCCCCACACACUGAUGUAAUCAGCCAGGGAUUGCAGCCCAACAACUGCUGAGAAACAACACACCUCAAGUGCCUCACAUUUCGCUUGGACAGCUUGCAACCCAGCGGUAUGGGGUCUCCAGCCAAAAUGUCACCCAUUCCUUCUCUCCACAGAUGCUGCCUGACCCACUGAGUCAC